AUGUCUAUUGGAAAGUUUAAAAAUAAUUUAAAUAGAACUUGUACUUUAUGUGAUAAUAGUUGUACUUAAUGUACCAGUUUAAGUAUAUGUUAAAGUUGCAAUUAAGGAUUUUAUCUUAAUAACUCUAUUUGUGUUUAAGAAUGCCCUGUUGGGAAGUUUAAAAAUAAUUCUGAUAGAACUUGUACUUCAUGUGAUAGUAGUUGUUUUUCGUGUACAAGUUUAUCUUUAUGCUAAAGCUGCAAUUAAGGAUUUUAUCUAGAAAAUGUUUCUUGUAUUUAAGAAUGUCCUAUUGGGAAGUUUAAAAAUAAUCCAGAUAGAACUUGUAUUUAAUGUGAUACUAGUUGUUCUUCGUGUACAAGUACAACUUUAUGCUAAAGCUGCAAUUAAGGAUUUUAUCUCGAUAACUCUAUUUGUAUUUAAGAAUGUCCUAUUGGGAAGUUUAAAAAUGAUUUAAAUAGAACUUGUACUUCAUGUGAUAGUAGUUGUUCUUCAUGUACAGGUUUAUCUAUAUGCUAAAGCUGCAAUAAAUUGUUUUAUCUAGAUAACUCUUUUUGCGUUAAGCAAUGCCCGAUUGGUAAAUUUAAAAAUGAUUCUGAUAAAACUUGUACUUUAUGUGAUGUUAGUUGUUCUUCGUGUACAAGCACAACUUUAUGCUAAAGUUGCAAUUUAAACUUUUUUCUAGAUAAUUCUUUAUGUGUUUCGGAAUGUCCGAUUGGGAAGUUUAAAAAUGAUUCUAAUAGAACUUGUACUUCAUGUGAUAGCAAGUGUGAAAAUUGUACUAGUUUAACUUUAUGCUAAAGCUGUAAUUUAGGAUUUUUUUUUGAUAAUUAGAGUUGCUUAAUAGAUUGUCAAUAAGGCAAAUAUAAAAAUGCAAGUAAUAGAUAAUGUUCAUUUUGUGACAACAAAUGUAAAUCAUGUGAUAAUGGUUUGACUUGUAAUGGCUGUUUUGGAAAUAGAGUUGGAGAUUAAUGCGAUUGUCCUUUGUAUUCAAUCUUUUCAAAUGAUUAUUAAAAAUAAUGUUUUGAAUGUAAAAAUGUGCUUAUUGGAUGUGGGUAAUGCACUAUAAAUGAAUGUAUCUCAUGCAUUCCUGAUUUAUAUUUUGAUUUUAAUUAAUUGAAAUAAUGUGAUUCUUGUUAAGAAUUAAAUGUUUAAAUUAUUUUUAGUAACGAUUUUGAACUAUUAUUUGUUAAUUUUGAUUAUUUUAAUUUAGGAGUAAUAACUAAUCUAAUUUUGAAUAAUUCGAAUUUGCAAAAUGAUUAAUAAAAAUCAAGGUUUUCUUAUUUACUUUGUUCAGAAGUUUUAAAUUAAUAAUUUAUAACAUAAAAAUUAAGUAAUGAUAUUGCCUGUUCUUUUAUUUAAAAUAAGCUUACUAUUAGAUUAAGUCCUUAAAGCAUAAUAAACAAAGAUGAUAUAAUAGUUAUUAAAGAAAAUGUAUUCAAAAUUACAUAUAAAGGAGUAGAAUGUACUUAAUUUAUUUAAAAAAUAAAAGGAAAAAUUAUUUAUGAUUAAAAUCCUUUAAGUCCUAUAAUUACAAUAAAUUCGCCAACUUUAAUUUCGAAAUGUGAUGAAUUAUUUAUUCAAAUUAGUUAAUUAUAAAAUAUAGGAAAAAGAAUUCCUAAAAGUAUAAAUUGGAUAUCAAUAGCUUCAUCUGAAAGUUAAUAAUUUAUAAAUUAAUUGAAUGCAUAAUUAUAAUAAUAAUAAAAUAAUUUUAUAUUAGUUAUUCCAAGUAUGACUUUUAAAGGAAGUAGCUUUUAUCAAUUCGAAGUAUAAAUAGAAACUGUUUUUUAACAAAAGUAAAGUGUAGUUAUAAAUAUAAAUACAAAAAAUGAUAAAUUUAUUGAUUUAUAAUUAGAAAACAGUAAAGAUAUUGUUUUUAGGUAUGAAGAAUUCAAACUUAAAGUUAUUUUUUAUUAUCUAUAAUGCGAUCCUAUAGAAAAAUUAAAAAAAGUGAAUGAAAAAAUACUAUUAAAAAUCGAAUAAAUUAUUAAUUUGUAAAAUAAUUUAAAUAUAAAUUUUGAGAAUUAAACUAUGGAUAAUGAACAUACAAUUAAUAUAUAGCCUUAUAUCUUAGUUUUAGAUUAAUAAUAUGACAUAAAAAUAACUGUCUCUGAUGUUAACAAUAGUUAAAUAUUUUAAGAAAUUAUACACUCAUUUUAGGUAAAAAAAAGCCAACAAAUAGUAAAAAUUUAAGGUUUGAGCAAUAUUUAAUCUUUUUCGAAUUCUUUUUAUGUAAAUGCUUUCAUUGAUAAUUUAGAUUUAUCUCCAAGUGAAAAAGAAGUAUAAAAAAACAAUAACUAUGGUAUUAAAACUAAAUGGAAAUGUAUAACUGCAAAAAGUUAAAGCGAUUGUCGGGAUUAUAAAAAUGAUUUAAUUGUUGACCCUAAUAUGGAAUAAAAUAUAUUGUAAAUAAAAGUAUAAGAAAAAUCUUUAGAAGCCUAUAAUCUUUAUUAUUUUAUUUUAGAAGGAGAAAAAGAUGGUAUCGUAGUUUAAGACAUAUCAAGUUUUAUUAUUUUGGAAUAAAAUAUACCUCCUUUAAAUUCUAUUACAUCAAUAAACGAUUUUUCUUAAAGAAUAAAUUUAAAUUAAUAAAUUUUUGUAUAAUUAAAUUAUGAAGGAAAAAAUAAUUUAGACAAUUUAUUUUUUAGUGGCGCUGUAUUGUAUUAAAACGAUGUGAAAAAUACUAUAAAGUUUUUUCAUAAUUAAGUAAGAUUUUAAACAUGGAAUUAUUUUAAUGAUUUUAUAAAUGAAGAAGAAAAUUCUUAUUAAAUAAGAUUUGCAGUUUUUGAUCCUUAGUAUAUAAUGCCUUCUUUAAUUAUUUUUUCUUUAAAAGCUAAUUUGCCGCCUUUAAAUUGCCUUUUUUAAAAUUUUAAUAAUUAAUAAUAAGAAAUUUUUAGUUUAAAAUAAAAUUAUGUUUUCUAAAUUAAUAACUGCUAAGAUUAAGAUUAGCCUCUAUAUUAUAAUUUCUUUUAUUAUAAAAGUUAAGAAGAUUUUUAAUAUGAAAUUUUAAAUCCGCAAUUUACUAAGAGAUAUGCUCUAAAUGUAAAAUCUACUAUCAGUAGAAUAUCAACGAUUUUGCCGUUCGGGGCAAAAGUAAUCAUAGGCUGUGUAUUUGAUAAUUUGGGUGCGGUUAGAAAUAUGACUUAAAAUGUUGAAAUAAAAAAUUCUUAUGAAAACGUUUAAUAAUAUGUUUAUUUAGUACAAGAAACUUACAAAAUAAUUAUUUAAAUACCUUUUAAAUAACAAAUAGUUAUUUAACUAUGUAUUCUUGUUUAAGAUAUUGUUUCCAAUAUAUUAAUAAACGAAGAGCUAAAAUAAGAUUAAAAUUUAAUUAAAAUUGUCAAAAAUAUUUACGAAGAUUUACUUUUUUAAUAAUAAAAAUUUAAUGAUAAUCAAGAUGUUUAAGUCUAAAUAUAAAUGACAAUUAACUUAAUUUCUUAAAACUUAUUAGAUUAAAUAAUGAAUAUUUUAAAAUACAAAGAUAUAUUAGAUUAUUUAUCGAAAAUAGAAUAAACUUUAAUUGAAUAAGAAAUAUAUAAAAAAAUAUAAGCUAAAGACGUUUAGUAAUAUUAAUAAUAUUUUCAUGGAGAAGGCUAAGAAAAAAUUACUUAUGAUGUAUAAAUAAGAAAGUAUCCUGCUAAUAUAGUUAAAUAUGAUAAAAGUUUUCCUUAUCCAGAUAAAUAAUUAUUUUAAGUAUUUGAUAAUUAAAUAACUUAUUAAACUGUUAAUAAAUAGACAAAUGAAAUAUAAAAAUAACCUAUUAAUACUUAAAUUGCUAAUACAUUCACUCUUCCUAAUCCUUCGAAUUCUACAACUGGGUUUUCGUGUUUAACUUAAAUUAAUAAUAAAUGGGAAUAAGGAAACUGUAAUAAAGUUUAAUAAAUAAAUAAAAAGAAAUUAGUAUCUUCAGUUAUAUGUUAAUGUAAAAAAUAGGGAAAAUAAACACUAGUGGAUGAUAUAGAAAGCAUUUUUACGGAUAAUCAGAAUUUAAAAAAUAUGUUUAGUGAAUAAGGAAUUGAAAAUUUAAAAAAUUUAGCGAAUGGUAUAAAUAUGCAACUAUAUGGAUUAUUUUUAUAUCGAAUUAAUUCUACAUUAUAUUUUUAGUUUAUUUGA